GGUCUCCUCCCAUGGCGGAAGAAGCUGAAACCAGUUGCGAGGACGAGGGAGCCCACUCUCUCUCCCCAUCGACCUCCCAUCAUACCUCGCGCGAAGCGCCCCCCCAUCUCCGCCUCCUCCUCUCCUCCACUCCCCGCGACGAAGAAGGCGAGGGACCUCCCCGACAUCUCCCUCUGCCACUGCUGCGGCCUCCGCUUCCCCUCCGACUCCAUCUCCUCCUCCACCACCUCCGGCGCCGGCGGCGGCAUCGGCAUCGGCGGCGGCGGAGGAGGAGGCCUCCGGAGGAAGAGGCGCCUCCGCAUCCUCCGGUCGCAGUGGCGGAUCGUCCUCUUGUGCAGCUACUGCCUCGUCCGCGUCCGAUCCGCCGCGAUCUGCUCCUACUGCUUCGCCGCCGACGCCGCGGGCUCCGCGUCCCUCCGUUGCCUCCGCUGCUCCCGCCGUGUCCACGUCGCGUGCCUCCCCAGGGAGCACCGCUCCCUCGCGUCGUGGCCCCCCGACCCGGCCUCCUUCGUCUGCGCCGAUUGCCGCCCGAUCCCCAAGCUCUUGUUCACAAACAACAGAAGCAGCAGCAGCAGUAGCAGCACCAGCAACAACAACCAUAGUAGCCUCUCUGUUUCACUAGAUGAUUUAGUGAUAGAAGCGAGAUCUGAUGCUAAGAAGAAGGCGGAAUUGGCCUCCUUUGCGAUGAAUAAUGCCUUCAAUAAGGCUGCGAUGGCGAAGCACGCAGCCGAUCGGGCAAAGGCGGCGCUGCGCGUGGUCCUCGGGAAUUCGCCCAAUGAGCUGAAGGCGAACGGUGAUUCGGCGAUCCCCGAUGAGGAGCUGGCUCUCCAGCUGCAUCUGGCCAUGAAUGGAUCGGAGAGGAUUUCGAGGAAUUCGGUUACUGACAAGAGAAAGCGACGGAAAAAUGGUGAAUUAAGUAGUAAUUCAAGGUUCGGGAAAGGUGAGAUGUGUGAAGAAAAUAAGUUUCCCUUUGAUGGAACUGAGGGGAGGGAGCUCAAAAGCAAUUUGGGUAUGAAUUCUAGUUCUAUCGGAACAAAGAAGAAGAAAAAGGAGAUAAUCAGGUAUACUAAGAGAAGGCCUUUGGAAAUGGGGCAGGGAUAUUGUCCUGCUUCUCGCAAGGAAGAGCUUGUUGAUCCAAACUGCAUUGUUCUCGCAUUGGAAUGUGAGAGAAAUGGCGGAGCGCAGGCCUCAGAAUCGGAACAAAUUGACAAUGCUCCUGAUCGCCGGUAUUUGAAGAAAUACAGCAAGAAGAAGUCAACUGUUAAAGAAGUCUCUCCUGAUGACGAUGGUCCGGUUGCUGUUUCGAAUAAUGGAAGCGGAUAAAUCGUUCUGAGUCAUCUAUAACCUCCACCUAAUGUUACUCUGCAACAGCUCCCCUGUCUUUGUCCUCAGUUGCAAGUGGAUAACUACACAGUUCGGUUCAUGAAAAGAAAAAGGUAGAGAAGGAUAUAUCAAAACAACCUAAUUACUGAUGAGAACAUUAAUUCCAGAUCUGGAUCAAGUGGUAUUAUCAGUUUGCGUCUUCUCUAAAUUAUACCUGACAAGCUUGGAGGCUUUCGAAUAAUAUGCGGAGACUUUUCAUAUAGAAUUCUAUCUUGGAAUAUAUUUGCCUUGUAAAUUUGAGUUAUCUGAUACAUCCACAAUUGUGGUCUGUUACAUACUUUUACUCAUUCUCAGUAAUGAAAAAGUUCAAGAUAUUCAAAACCUGUUAUAAUUCACACUGGCACUCUGGUUGUUUAUGUUCUAUUCUUACAGGACAUAUAGGUAGUAUAUUUUUGUUAUGAAAUGGAAUUUUGUUCUGCCUAAUUGAUGAGA